CCUUCGCCGACGUCACCGGCAGUCGCCAUCUUGGCGGAGCAGGAGGCAGCUCCUUUCACCAGCUGUGUUCUCCUCACCCGGAGCCGGCGGAGCGGAGAGUGCGAGACCCGGGGGGAGAGCGCGGCCUGAUGAGCGGAGACCGGGCCGCCAGAUAGCCCUCCCCCGCCCGUCUGCCGUGUCCAUAGGAGAGUCCUUCACCAUGAGUACCAUCACCCAGCGCAACUCCGGCCUGGUACAGCGCCGGACCGAGGCCUCCCGCAGCGACCGAGAGAGGGCGACCGAGGACCCGGAGAGGGACCGGGAGGAGGAGGAGGGCGAGGAGCGGGCCGGGGACAAGGAGGCCAGACUCACCCUCAUGGAGGAGGUCCUACUACUGGGCCUGAAGGACAGGGAGGGUUACACGUCCUUCUGGAAUGACUGCAUCUCUGCUGGGCUGCGUGGGUGCAUGCUAAUUGAACUAGCCUUUCGAGGUAGAAUUUCCCUGGAAGCCGGUGGAAUGAGGCGUAAAAGUCUCUUGUCAAGGAAGGUUACUUACAAAUCUGAUGCUCCGACAGGGGAUGUCAUGCUGGAUGAAGCCUUAAAACAUAUAAAGGAAACGCCGACCCCAGAGACUGUACAGAGCUGGAUUGAACUUCUUAGUGGUGAGACCUGGAAUCCCCUGAAGCUCCAUUUCCAGUUACGAAACGUGCGAGAACGCUUGGCUAAAAAUCUUGUAGAAAAGGGUGUCCUGACAACUGAGAAGCAAAACUUCCUGCUUUUUGACAUGACUACGCACCCACUCACCAACAACAACAUCAAGCAGCGUCUUAUCAAGAGGGUACAGGAAGCCGUGCUUGACAAGUGGGUGAAGGAUCCUCACCGCAUGGAUAAACGUUUGCUGGCCCUCAUCUAUUUAGCUCAUUCUUCUGACGUCAUCGAAAAUGCCUUCGCCCCCCUCUUGGACGACCAGUACGAGCUGGCCAUGAAGAGAGUCCGGCAGCUGCUCGACCUAGAUCCAGAAGUAGAGGCCGCAAAGCCAAACGCUAAUGAAAUCCUAUGGGCCGUGGUGGCCACCUUCACAAAAUAAACCUAGUGGACUGGAGUGUUCGUUCUACGUCAAACCAGUUGUCUCUGCUUGACAUCAUUUCUUUUUUUUUUUUCAGUAAUUUUACCUUUUUGCUUGUUUUGACUGGUCGCAGAAAGACGUUGAAUUGUAUGCAGGACCUGGACUGGUUUAAGACAGCUUGAUGAGUUUUCAAAUACUUCUUGCCAUAUUGGCAUCACACUACUCCUUAAAUUUGUGCAUCUCAAAACGUGGCUUAAGGUUACGGAGAAGGCCUAGAUCAGUUGAGGUGGAGAUGGACGCACUGGGAUGUACGUUGGGUUUGGUUUGCCUCAAGUUCCUCUGAAGAUUCCCACGAGAUGGUUUACAAAUUAGAAUUGUCACGAAAGGGCCUUGCAGUCACCAAAGUUCAAAUAGCUCCAUUUCUCUACUUUUUACACACCUGAAAUUUUGUUAAUUUUAAAAAAAAUAUUCCGCUGUGCUCAUGCUUUUUUUUUUUUCUUGUAAAUUUGUCAAUCAAAAUUUUAAAUCUUUACGUAUUUAGUGUAAAUGAUCCCAUGGUCUCUGGAAGCCAUUUUUGGGAUGGGGAAAACAUUCCAUUAAAUUGUGUACAUAGUUCCA